AUGGCUCUUUGGCCAUCUAUAGGAAAAUGGGGUGUCACUUGUCUGGGAAAAGGGUUCCUUGAAUUCUCUUUUUAUUUGCUGGAGGAUGUUCAACGGGUUCGAUCGGUGAGCGCUUGGAGCUUGCACCAUGGUGUACUCAAAUUAUUCCCAUGGACGAAGGACUUCACUCCGACAACUUUGAAACAGACGUCUGCGCAAGUUUGGAUUAGGAUACAUGGGCUUUCCCAAGAAUACUGGAGAUCUCGAAUCAUCUUUGCCAUUGCAAGUAGCAUUGGAACACCUAUUUGCAUUGACUCAGCCUCUAACAAAUCUUCUUUCGAAAGACCUUUCGGACACUUUGUCCUCGUGCUUGUGGAUCUGGACAUGAUGAAGGAACUGAUUUACAAAAUUUUGGUUAAAAGAAUUGGAUUCGCUUUCUUUGUGGAUGUAGAGUAUGAGAAACUUCCUGAUUACUGCAACUUCUGCUCCUGCAUUGGUCACUCUGUUGACAAUUGCAAAAGAAAAGCUUCGACUAAUGAGCAUGGAAAGGAACCGGAGAAAAGAGCACACAUUGGCAAACAAGUUUACAUGCCUAAAAAACCACUACUGUUGAGAAGCCUGGUGGUGGUGAAACUUUGGCUGCAUUGCACGUUGAGAUCCAAACUGCAAAUGUGA